AUGAGACUGACGGGCGGGGAAAAGGUAAGAGGUGACCCUCUUCUACCACGGACUGAUGUUUUCGAGCAACCUGAGAAGUACCGCCCGCUCGUGGCUCUUGGGCAUCGGAAGACGAGAAACAACGAGGAUACAAGGUUAAUAUUGGACAUGUUUCUGGAUCGCGGAGAAGAUAUCAAUGACCAGUGCGGUCCGCUUGGAGGAGUCAUCCAUUACACCGUAGCUGUGCCACACGAAUAUACUCCUGAUAUCCUUGAUUUGCUCAUCCAGAAAGGAGCGGAUAUCAAUCAGCCAGGGCCAGAGGGUGCCCCGUUGGAGUUUUUGUGGAAAGAGGCGAAUACCAGAUCACUCAACGAUGACAUGUAUUUGGUAUCAAGGUAUCGUGACGUCCUUAGACAUCUCAUUGGUCUGGGUGCCGUCAACACUAGAAAGGAUCCGAAUGGGCUCGUCCCAAGUGUGAGGCAGAUGCGAUAUUUUGGCUGCAAUCGUACGGACCAUGAUGAAUGUUUGCGGUAUUAUCGCGAAGGGCCAUUCGACGGGGUCUCGAUCUGGUCUAGGCCAGUGGUCCCAGGUCCUGGGGAUGCCGAUUUAUACCUUGCCUUUCCAUCCGACCAGUUUUCCUUUUCUGGGCAGGAGUCUGGGUCCGAAUGUGAAGACGGAGAGAAUGGCAGCGAUCAAGAUGAUGAUAACUACCAUUCUACUGACGAGGUCAUUCCCGCCUUGAAUUCGGAAUGUACCAGCAGUCAGCCUGAUGUCGCAAGGGCAGACGAGGGCUACCGAAGGACAGGAUCAACAGCUGUGAGCUAG